AUGGCCACUGCAGCUCCGCAGAGGUUCAAUCGCAAGGCGCCUGCGCCCCGAACAUGCAUCUCCUGCCUUGCGUGCGCGGCGAUGACGACGUCUCUUCGCGCCAGCGGACAUUGCUUUGCGUCGCCAGGCGGCCUUACCAUGACGCAUCGGAGCAGACUGCCCCUGCGUGGCGUCACCAGCGGCGAGCCGGAGGUGUCGACCGCUGUGCCAAGGCUCCGCCCGGCUACAGCAGGCGACAUGCCGUGGAUUGCACUGACGAUUGCGUCGAUGGUCAUGAGCCCUUUCGGGCUGCAGGCAGAGAACUUCCUCGUGGCGGAGGACGAUGCGCCCGGCGAUGGCCGCUUGGGUUUCGCGCAACUGCGGCGACUGGGGCCUUCAGACUCACAGGGCGAGGAGCCUGCUCCGUUCUUGCUGGCUUCUCUCUACGUCAAAGCUGAAGCUCGAGGUCAAGGGGUCGGAUCCCGCCUAGUUCGGGCACUGCUUGGAAGAUCUGACGAGCCCAGGAAGAGGACUGUCUAUGCCCUCACUCUGAAGAACAAGCUCGGCUUCUUCGAACGCCUUCAGUUUAAGGAGCUUUCAGGCAAGGACCUGUCUCUGCUUCCCACGGAAUUGGGGCUGGAGGCCCAGCUGGGCAGGGUCAUCGCUCCCAUCGCUGCCGGUGAGCCGUUGGUGGUUCUCCGUUACGAGGGGCCGUAG